AUGACUGGACGCGGCAAAGGUGGCAAGGGCCUCGGCAAGGGCGGCGCCAAGCGUCACCGAAAGAUUCUUCGUGACAACAUCCAGGGCAUCACCAAGCCCGCCAUCCGUCGUCUCGCCCGUCGUGGUGGUGUCAAGCGUAUCUCGGCCAUGAUCUACGAAGAGACGCGUGGUGUCCUCAAGACGUUCCUCGAGAGCGUGAUCCGUGACGCCGUCACCUACACUGAGCACGCCAAGCGCAAGACCGUCACCUCCCUCGACGUCGUCUACGCCCUCAAGCGCCAGGGCCGCACCCUGUACGGUUUCGGUGGUUAA